UUUUUUAAAAAAAAACUUUUUAAUUACAUUUUCUGAGGUUCCACUGGUUCUCCUUUCUAUCUUCACAUAUCUACCCUUGUUGCUGUUGGUCAAAAGCGGCCGGUGGGAAACUUCUUCCAACUAACUUAAAAAUCUUUAAAUAUUCAAAAACCUUAAACUUUUCUACGUACCUAUCUUUUAUUACCUCUGAUAAUCUCUAUAUAUUAGUAUUACCAAAGCCUAUUUUUCAUUAUAAUCUCAGAAGCUAAGCUUCUGCUUAGUGCUAAUUCAACUUUCAAUUUUCAACCAAGUUCAGUAAUAUAUAUGGAUACCGUUAUGUUCUUGAAUGUUUUGUCAGUGAUUAUCCUCAUAUCAUCUCAUUUUUCGUAUCCAUCACCUGAUUCUUCCUUGAAGGAAGGGUCAACUCUCUCAGUGAGGGAAGUUUUGGUUUCACCAACUGAAGUUUUUUCUGCUGGGUUUUUCCCUGUCGGCGACAAUGCUUACUGUUUUUCUGUAUGGUUCAGCAAACCUUCCUGCAGUAUUAGCAGUGAUUGCACCAUUGUUUGGAUGGCUAAUCGUGAUUUUCCAGUUAAUGGGAAAAGAUCAAAGCUUUGGCUCCAAGAAACCGGAAAUCUUGUCUUAACUGAUGGUGGUGAUACUGAUAAGUCCAUUGCUUGGUCUACAAACACUGUUUCACUCUCCUUCACCACAGAGCUAAUCCUUUAUGACACUGGCAAUCUUGUUCUGCAUCAGUUGGACGGUGUUGUUCUUUGGGAGAGCUUCAAUUCACCUACUGAUACCCUUCUUCCUUUGCAACGAUUUACCAAAGAUAUGUGGCUUGUCUCAUCAAGAACUCGAACAAAUAAUUCGUCUGGUUUCUACAAGCUAUUUUUUAACAACGACAAUCUUCUUCGCCUUUUGUAUGAUGGUCCAGAAGUUACCAGUAUUUACUGGCCAUUUCCAUGGCUUGUUAACUGGGCAACAGAUAGAUACCCCUACAACAGUAGUAGAAUUGCCUUUCUUGAUACUUUAGGCAAGUUUAUUUCAUCUGAUAAAUUUUCUUUUCUAUCAAUAGAUUAUGGAGUAAGACUUCAGCGAAGAUUGACACUUGAUUUCGAUGGUAAUCUUCGGUUGUACAGCCGAAGAGAGAAUAGCACAACUUGGAUGGUUUCUUGGGUAGCCUUGUCUCACCCUUGUCAGAUUCAUGGAACUUGUGGACCCAACAGUAAAUGCUCUUAUGAUCCAGUUUCUGGAAGAAAAUGUUCUUGCCUUCCAGGUUAUCAGCAAAAAAAUUCCGCUGAUUGGUCUUAUGGCUGCAAACCCAAGUUCAAUAUCUCCUGCGACAAUCCUACAGGAUUUAAAAAUCAGACUCGUUUUAUUAGGUUCCCCCAUAUGGAAUUUUAUGGGUAUGAUUAUGGAGUCUAUCCUGGUUACACAUUUAAGAUGUGCAAGGAAUUAUGUUUGAGUUUGUGUGAGUGCAAGGGUUUUCAGUAUAGGUACGUCGGAGAUGGUCUAUGGAAUUUGUUUUCUGCGAUGAACAAUAUAAAGCCUACUGUAAUUCCUACUUUGUGCUAUCCGAAGCUGUCAUUGUUAAAUGGGUAUCGUUCACCAAGCUAUGAUGGAAUGUUCUAUCUGAAAGUUCCAAAAACUAGCAUGUCUUCUGAUGAAGAUGAUGUUGCAGGUGAAUUUGGAUUAAAUUGUUCUGGUGAGCCCACCAUAAAACUGGACAGAAGAUACACAAAAGGCAAUCAGAAUGAAAAAUUGGAGUUGCUGCUUUGGUUUGCUAUUGUUUCAGGAGCAAUCGAGAUCAUUGGGAUUAUUUUUGUCUGGUGUUUCUUGAAUAGUUUCCAUCAUCAUGGCUCAAAUGAAGCCACUCAAGGAUACCAACAUGUUGCUAUAAAUGGCUUUAAAAAAUUCACUUACUAUGAGCUAAAAAGAGCAACAGCAAAUUUCAAAGUGGAAAUUGGAAGAGGAGCAGGAGGAAUUGUAUAUAAAGGAACACUAUCAGAUAAUCGUGUUGCAGCAAUUAAAAGACUUAUUCUUGCUGAUGAUCAAGGAGAAGCUGAGUUCUUAGCAGAAAUAAGCUCAAUUGGUAAGCUUAAUCACAAGAACUUAAUAGAAAUGUGGGGGUAUUGCGCAGAAAAAAAGCACAGACUUCUAGUUUACAAGUACAUGAAACAUGGGUCCUUAUCAGAAAAUCUCUCCUCUAAAGCACUGGAUUGGGACCAGAGGUUCCAAAUUGCCUUAGGCACAGCAAGAGGACUUGCUUAUUUACAUGAAGAGUGCUUGGAAUGGGUUUUACAUUGUGAUGUGAAGCCUCAGAACAUAUUAUUAGACUCUAAUUACCAACCAAAAGUUUCAGAUUUUGGCUUAUCCAAGCUACUAAACAGAGGGGACAAGAACAACUCAAUCUUCUCAAGAAUAAGGGGAACGAGAGGUUACAUUGCUCCUGAGUGGGUUUUGAAUCUACCCAUCACAUCAAAAGUGGAUGUUUAUAGUUAUGGGAUUGUGGUGUUAGAGAUGGUGACUGGGAAGAGUCCUGCAAUGGGAGCGAGUGGAACUAGUAGAGUAGAAGACGAGCAGAGCGGACUUGUGGCAUGGGUGAUGGAGAAGAAAAAUGGAGGAGAGUCAUGGAUUGAAGAGGUCAUAGACCCAAAAAUGGAAGGAGAAUACAAUAGAAGUGAAGUGGAAUUACUGGUGACGUUGGCUCUGGAAUGUGUGGAAGAAGACAAAGAUGCAAGACCCACCAUGAGCAAAGUUGUUGAGAUUCUUGUAGAUCGCCCUCAACACUACCUGUAGCUAGUAAGAGACACCAAACUGAAGUACCAAACUUCAAUUUAUAGAUUCUAUUAGCUUCUUCUUCUUCUUCGGUAUCCUUUUUUUUUUUUUUGAUGAAUUCCUAGAGACCGUG